AUGACCGGGCCGCCGUCCUCUUCCUACCCCGGCCAGGUCUCGUCGCCAGCCGCCGUGAUUUCACCGGAAAACGAGGAGAAAAGCUCCGGUUUUGACAGAAACUUCGCCGGCUUCGUUCUCCGUCGUCCGGCCGCCAUUUUUGGCGAUCAAGGUAUGGAAAUUCAUCCCUUCUGCAUGAUCUAG